AGAAGAAGAUUUUGUUGUGGGCGACAGCGACUAUUGCUGAAAAUAAUUACCUGUUAGCAUUUAAUUGCCCUCAAAUCAUAACGAAACAACAGCAAUCAUGGCGAAAAUGGCAUUUCAGCACCAGGCCGGCACUGCUAUGGAGUGUUUGAGCAUUCCAAUAACGCUGCACAAGGAGCAGGGCUACGAUCAGGAGGGACGCGAGAUACUCAAGUGCGGUUUCAAAAUCGGUGGCGGCAUUGACCAGGACUACAAGAAAAGCCCCCAGGGUUAUUCAGAUUACGGAAUAUACGUCACAGAGGUGCACGAGGGCAGUGCUGCGGCACGGGCAGGACUGCGCAUCCAUGACAAAAUACUCCAGUGCAAUGGCUACGACUUUACAAUGGUCACACAUAAAAAGGCCGUCAGCUACAUUCGGAAAAACCCAAUCCUUAAUAUGCUGGUGGCCCGCAAGGGCGUCACCUCCACAUAAAUGAGCAUGGAGCCGGGCGUGCCUCUAAUAUGUAAGCAGCAGUAUUUAAGCGGCAUAUAAACUAUCUACUUCAUUGCCACUCUGUGCUAAGGAUCUCUACGCUCUUUGGAAACUAUCCGAACACUUAGAUAUACACUAAAUAUACGCUAUCACCCUAUCCCGUAUGUAUACAUGCACCCUAUGCAUAUCGCACAAACAUACAUACACAUACGUAUGUAUACCCAAAUGUAAACCGUAAAUGUAGCAACUAGUAACGCUUCUUGUUAAAUUCAAUUUCUUUGCCUUGGUUUAAGUAGCCCGGGUGCAUGUGCUGCUCAUCAGUUGCUGAUCUGAUCGAAUUGCCAAUAUAUAUAUAUCCAGUGUAAAGAACAUAUUGCCAAAUACCGAAUACAAAGCGAAACAGAAGCGUAAACAUAAACCUAAACAUACUCGUAGACAUGCCACCAGAUUUGAUAUAACAAAUUUUGUACUUUUAUAAAUGUGCGUAGCAGCAAGCGCCGCUACCACAACACCAUUCCAAAAAACUGAAACCGAAACUCAAACUCAAACGCGAAACAAAGCAAAUAACUAACGCAAAGUUGUUGAAACAUACAAACAUAGUACAUACAUGUGAUAAAUAUGCCCGUUAACUGUGCAGAGAUGUGUAUACAUAACUUAAGUUUUACAAUUGAGUUUUUUAAUGUUAAAUUGCAUUUGAAUAAAUGUUUGCUAAAUAAAGAUGCAAGGAAUUGUGUAA